AUGUCGCUGGCGCUCAAGGCCCGGCAGAAGGCGAGGCGCAAGGGCGGCGCCAAGGAGCGGGUUUUCGGCUGCGACCUCCUCGAGCAUCUCCAGCAGUCGGGGCAGGACGUGCCCCAGGUGCUGAGGAGCUGCACCGAGUUCGUGGAGCAGCACGGGGUGGUGGACGGCAUCUACCGGCUGUCGGGCGUCUCCUCCAACAUCCAGCGGCUGCGGCAAGAGUUCGACAGCGACCGCUGCCCCGACCUGCACCGGGACGUCUACCUGCAGGACAUCCACUGCGUCAGCUCGCUCUGCAAGGCGUAUUUCCGCGAGCUGCCCAACCCGCUCCUCACCUACCAGCUCUACGACAAAUUCGCCGACGCGGUGGCCAUCCAGAUGGAGGAGGCGCGCCUGGUGAAGAUCAAGGAGGUGCUGAAGGAGCUGCCGGCACCCCACUAUAGGACCCUGGAGUUCCUGAUGAGGCACCUCCUGCACAUGGCGUCCUACAGCUCCCAGACCAACAUGCACGCCAGGAACCUGGCCAUCGUCUGGGCCCCCAACCUGCUGCGGUCGAAGGACAUCGAGGUGACGGGGUUCAACGGCACGGCGGCCUUCAUGGAGGUGCGCGUCCAGUCCAUCGUGGUGGAGUUCAUCCUCACCCACGUGGAGCAGCUCUUCGGGGACGCCCCCCUCUGCGGCGGCGAGGCGGCGCGGCGCUCCCGGCUGCUCCCCGGGGACGGGCAGGCCCCCUACCACGUCCCGGCCGUGCUCAGCCAGGGCGACGGCCCCCCCCCGAUCCGGCCCUACCACACCAUCAUCGAGCUCAGCGAGCACAGGAGGAAGGGGUCCCUCAAGGCCAAGAAGUGGAAAUCCAUCUUCAACCUGGGCCGCUCCAGCCACGAGGCCAAGCGCAAACUGGUGAAGGCGGAGGAGAAAGAGGACAAGUGCGGGAAGCUGAGCCUGCGGCCGGCCAAGAGCAUGGACUCGCUCAGCUCCGUGCCCUUCAGCAGCGAGGACGACCCCCGGCUCAGCGCCACGCGCUCGGUGAAGCAGCCGCCGCAGCGCAGGGAGAGCUUCGACACCUGCCCCUCGCCGGUGCCGGCAGAGCCCUUCCCCGCGCUGGAGGAGAGCCCCGAGGAGAAGCUGAAGGCGCAGGAGGAGCUGCGGGGCCCCGAGUCGGAGGGCGAGAGCGGCGCCAAGUCGGAGCCCACCACCCCCAAGCCGGGCCGGGCGGCGCUGGUGGGGGCCGGCGGGGGCCGCUCGCCCGCGGCCACCCGCAACCGCGCCGAGAAGUGCGCGGGGGUCCACAUCUCCGGCCCCUUCUCCGUCACCGUCCCCUUCCACAUCACCUCCAACCUCUCCCGCCUGACGCGGGGGCAGCCGUGCCCGGCGCUGGCCCAGCUGGGCUCCGCCAGCCCCCCGCCGCCCGCCCGCCGCAGCGCCGGGGAGCCCGCGGCGCCCGAAAUCCCCGCGGGGGAGGCGAAGGCGGCGGAGGAGACGCGGCUGUCGCUGGAGCUGCGCGACUCCUUCGCCUUCCUGGACAGCCAGGACACGUGGCUGGAGCACGGCGGGGACGGGGACCCCGCGGUGAGGGCCCUGCCGGGGGGCAGCGGGCUCGAGGACGGCGACGGGUUCCUGGCCCUGGAGGAGGGCAUGGAGGGCGGCUUCAUGAACCCCGGGGGGCCCCCCCCCCGGCCCCCCCCGCCCCCCCCCCCCAUCGAGGAGUGCAUGGACGAGGAGAUGUUCUACAUGGCGCCCAGCGGCUCCGACGCCGAGGAUGCGGCGGGGGACACCGACUCGGACGACAUGUUCCUCAGCGCCCACGACGAGCUCAGCCCGCUGGCGGCCGAGCCCGAGCCCCCCGCCCCCCAGGGUGGGCACAGCCCCCCGGGGAUGCGGGACAGGUCCCCAUCGCCGGGGGCGCCGGGCGAAGCAGCUCCGGGUGCCGGGGAGCACGCAGGAGCCCCCGCCGGGGACGCGGAGGAGGGGGGGGGCUCAGGGGCCAGCACCGAGGCUUGGGGUCCCCCCCCGGGGAGCGUCCCCAUCGCCGCCACCCUGCAGCUGGGGGCUGCUCCCCAGGCUGACCCCGACCCCGAGCCCCCCGGGCCGUCCCCCGGCGGGGCCGUGCUGCGGCGGGACGGCAGCGCCCCGGUGCGCCUGGCCUCCCGCCUCGUGCGGGUGCAGCAGGCCCGCUCCGUCCCGGUCGUGCCGCCCAAGCCCCAGUUCGCCGUCGUCCCCCCGGCCCUGAGGCCCAGGACGCUCCCGGCCAACG